UCGCAGUCGCAGGUUGUCCAGCGCCUGGUGCAAGAUCCUUCUCCCGUCAACUGUGCCACGUCUGGGGUCUUCCUUUAUUCAGACGGAGAAACUCAACCGAAACCACUUCAAACCCGGCGUGUAUGCAGACUGUUCUCCUUCCCCUCUGCUGACCCCUCUCUCCCUCUUUCUUCUCCUCCCCCUGUACAGGCUUAACCAUCCUGAGUGUUUGUAAAGACGAUUGUCAGAGCUCAGCGUCGCAAAGCCAAAAGGAGCUUUGCCACUGUUCCAUAGGAGACUGCGGGCUGCUGGAGAGUCAUGACAGCUGAGAAAAGUGGGCCGGUUAUAAACGGUAAACCAGAGGAUGGUAGAGAUCCGGAAGGGUCCGGCUCCAGCCUCGACCGGGUGGACUACAAUGAGAGGGGCCAAUGGAACAACAAGAUCGAGUUUUUCCUGUCUGUGGCCGGAGAGAUCAUCGGGCUGGGCAAUGUGUGGAGGUUCCCUUACCUCUGCUACAAGAAUGGAGGAGGUGCGUUCUUCGUUCCGUAUGUCAUCUUCUUUGUGUGCUGCGGUAUCCCCGUGUUCUUCCUGGAGACGGCCCUGGGUCAGUUCACCAGCGAGGGAGGCAUCACCUGCUGGAGGAAAGUCUGCCCGCUGUUUGAGGGUAUCGGUUAUGCGACGCAGGUGAUUGAAGCUUAUCUAAACGCGUACUACAUAGUGAUCCUAGCCUGGGCCAUAUUCUACUUCUUCAACUGCUUCACCACUGAGCUGCCCUGGGCUGCUUGCGGACACUAUUGGAACACAGAGAACUGUGUUGACGAUUAUGGAGGAAAUUCCACAAACAUCACAAACAUCAACGCAACUUCUCCAGUCAUCGAGUUCUGGGAACGCAGAGUGCUGAAGAUAUCAGAUGGUAUCGAGCACAUGGGGGGGGUGCGUUGGGAGCUGGUGAUGUGUCUGGCCCUGGCCUGGUUCAUCUGCUACUUCUGUAUCUGGAAGGGACCCAAGUCAACUGGCAAGGUUGUAUACGUGACAGCUACCUUCCCUUACGUCAUGUUGUUGGUCCUGUUGAUCAGAGGAGUGACGCUGCCAGGAGCAUGGGAAGGCAUCAAGUUCUACCUGUACCCAGACAUCUCACGUCUCUCGGACCCUCAGGUAUGGGUAGAUGCAGGAACACAAAUCUUCUUCUCCUAUGCCAUCUGCUUGGGUUGUCUCACUGCUCUGGGAAGUUACAAUUCCUACAACAACAACUGCUACAGGGACUGCAUCAUGCUGUGCUGUCUGAACAGCGGCACCAGCUUUCUGGCAGGUUUUGCCAUCUUCUCUGUGCUGGGCUUCAUGGCCUUUGAACAAAAUGUUCCCAUCGAAGCUGUGGCAGAGUCUGGUCCUGGUCUUGCUUUCAUCGCGUACCCUAAGGCUGUAACUAUGAUGCCUCUGUCUCCUCUUUGGGCCGGUCUCUUCUUUAUAAUGCUCAUCUUUCUGGGCCUGGACAGUCAGUUUGUGUGUGUGGAGAGUUUGGUGACAGCUGUAGUGGACAUGUACCCCGAGACCUUCAGGAGGGGCUACCGCAGAGAAUGGCUGAUCCUCGGCAUGUCAAUAGUUUCAUUCUUUAUAGGUCUCAUCAUGUGUACAGAGGGAGGGAUGUACGUCUUCCAGCUGUUUGACUCGUACGCUGCGAGCGGAAUGUGUUUGCUGUUCGUGGCCAUAUUCGAGUCCAUAUGUAUCGGCUGGGUGUACGGUAGUGACAGAUUCUACACGAACAUUGAGGACAUGAUUGGCUACAAACCUGUCUUCUUCAUCAAAUGGUGCUGGAUGAUCUUGACCCCGGGCAUCUGUUCUGCGAUUUUCCUGUUCUUCCUGAUUAAAUACAAACCGCUGAAGUACAACAACGUGUACACCUACCCUGACUGGGGCUACGGUAUCGGCUGGUUCAUGGCCAUGUCCUCGAUGGUCUGCAUCCCCUUGGGGAUGAUCUGGAUGAUCUGGAAGACUCCUGGCACCUUCUCUGAGAGAAUAAAGAAAUUAACGACUCCCAGCAAAGAUCUGAAAAUGAGAGGGAAACUCAACGCCCUCAGUCCCUACGCUGCCAACGACGCAAAACCCAAGGUUGAUGGGAAAGUCUCCACCAUCUCAGAGAAGGAGACGCAUUUCUAAGCAAAUCCCCGACUGAGCGACUGCGCUGCCUGACGUCUCGACAACAAGUCCGACAACCGAAAACUACAGCAAACAACAACAACAACAACAACCGUAUCCACCGCUACACAAAACAGGAAAUUCAAAAAAUGAUUUGGAGCAUUGUCUUUGUUUUGUAAAAAAAAAAAAAAAAAGAACAAAUGGAAACGUUAUCACAUUAUUUUUUAGAAAGCUUCUGUUUUGCACAAACUUUGAUUAACACAUUUAUUGUUUCAUUUAAUAUUGUCACUUAAGCAGCUGUUUUCUUUCUUUUCUAACAAUAAUAUUUUAAACUCAGUUUGUGGUUGAAACUUGUCCUGGUACCGUGUCAGUACUGGUCACACUAGUGUUUGUGCCUUUAGAACAAUACGUGUUGUGUUGUUAAAAGCCUUACACUGUACAUUUUUUGACAAAGUGCCGUGUUUCUCUAUUAGGUACUAGGUACCCAAAUGUGACUUUCUAAGAUGUAGCAGCUUGGGGACCAUUCUACAUAGUUUAGUGGGUUAAGAGAGGAUACUGCAGCAAGUCUUCGUGCUGAGGCUGUAGGAGGCAACAAAAUUCCCUGUAAAGAAAAGGCUUAGAGUUGUACAUUAAGACCUAAGAUAUUGACAUCUUGGGCACCAACAGAACCAGCUGUGACUGUGAUGGCUGCAGAUCUUUUUCUGGCCUUUAGUAAUUCUCCUGUACUUGAAUUCAGCGUUGUUGCUAGGCAACGUAAGCAAAAACCUCUGCUGACUGGAUGUAAUUGAGUGAUAUUAAUAGGUCAUUGUUCAUCAACGUAUUGGACCCCUCAGGGCUUUGCAGAUUUCCAUGGCACCACUCUUUCUAAACGUCUUUGCUACAGAGGUUUACAGACAUUUUUAAAGGAUUUAAUCACUGAAGAUAUCUUUAAUUUGACAUCUGUUAGGUUUGAGGUGAAAAUCUUACCAUGGCUGCCAAAAGCAGUUAGCGACUCGCAGGCUGAGUCUCAAACACACCUCUCUUUCUCCAGCUGCCCUCCUAUAAGUCGUGGAUAUCCGUCAUUUCACAGUAAUUAUGCUGAGUCUAACGUAGAGUGACAGACAGACAUGCCUCCACCCAGACUUGUUUUAUUUCCUGCUCCGCCUGUAGAGGAGAUGACGGACGCCCAUCAGAUGAGCUUUUCAAAACCCAUCUGUCUUCUUAUCCCUGCUCUUUUUAUUCUGUCCCCUCGUCCCCUUCUCUCUUUUCUCUCCCUGAUUCUCUGCUUGUCCACCUCCUUCAGCUCUUUCCACUUCUGUCUUUGGCUAUUUUUAAUCCCAUGGAAAGCUUGAACGAGGUCUUGUAUAAAACCAAGAUGCCACCGAAGGCUUCGUAUCUGGAUAUCAGCAAUAGUCUGAUUGAUUCUUUGACCUUUCCAAUGUCAUUGUGAAACUGAACCCCCGGCUUUUAAUUUUUCUGUCGCUGUUGGAGUGAAGCCUCAGUCUGCCCCUGUCAUUCAUGUCGUUGUAGUUAAUUGACAAUGAGCUGGUCUCAUUGCUCCGAUCGAUCUCAGUCCAUCACAGCCUCAUCGUCCUUCCGCCCCUUCCUCGCCUUUGUCCGCCUUUCUCGCCUCCUUUCCUUUCUUUUCCUUUGUCCUUGUGUCCUGAUGAAAAUGCAAUCUGACGAGAGCAUCUGAGGGGGUGAAACUUGAAAACUUGAUCUCGUUACAGUUUUUCAGGAGGAGGCAAAGAAAGCAAGGGAAGUAAUGAGGAACUGAUGAGCUGAGGAAGUGCGUGAUCGAGGAAGUAAUGAGGGAAAGCGAGGAAGUUUUGGGUGACUGGAGCCCCUCCUGUCUGAGCUGUGACAUCCUCUUAAACAUGUGAUUGGUCCCUGUGGUGCGGUUGCAUUGUGGCGUUAUCACCUCCUCACUGAUGUUUGUGCAAGUUAAUCGUCGAUUGCGUUUGGGAAUUAUAGCCUGCUCUUUAACACUGAUUAUGAUGAUGUAUAUUUUUACAUCACUUUCUAGAAACCUAUGGUCUAUUUCUUGCGAUGCAAAAGAAUUUGCUGUAAUAAAAUACGUCUUUUGUUUUGACUUUUGAUAUGCCGCUCAAAAGAUGUUGUUAUAGAAAUAUAUGAAAGGUGUUUUAAUGGUCUGUACUGUUCUACACGCAUUCUGCUAUUCACAGGACACGUGAACGGUCUGCUUACACAUUUUUAAGAAUAAAUAUGGUAAAGAAAAACUGA